AUGCGUGUCAGCAUGGUUCCUCGACCGCUGGACCGGCAGCCGCAGCAAGCAGAGGCCUCUGUUGACGAAGAGACAUUCACCGACGUCGCUUUCCAUGCAGAGGCCGAAAGAGCCCGGCAGAAGGAGACAGCGACGCUGCGAGUUGUCACGAAAGGCGCUCAGCAGCCGCUGUUGACUGCCGCCGUGGAUAACGCAACAACUGUGGCAGCGCUGAAGUGCGAGGUCGAAGCACUCACCGGCUGGCCAGGAAAGCAGCAGCUGCUCUCUUCGAAUGGCUUGCCGUUGAUGGGACACCAAGUUGUACAGAGCUUAUCGUGUCUCAGUGACGAUGCUGAGCUGCAUGCCCGAUGCGCUGACGAAUCUUGGGUUCGCGAAGUCGAGGAGCUUGGUCUCACCACUGGAACAGAGGCUCGAAGAGCAGAUCUGCUUGGAGACACUCUAGAAAGGAUGAUCGAAAGCUGUCUCCAAGAAUCGGGGUCAUUGAAGGAACGGCUUGAAGCCAAGGUGUGCGGGAUGAGCGAGAAGUUCAAGAAAGCCACCAGCAUGAUCUUGGGCAGCUCCGGCACCCUCGAGGCCGCCGCAAUGGAUCUGAACCGCAACCGCGAUGUGCUUUUCGAGGCCAUGCAGGAACUAAUGCGCUGCCGGAACAAGUUGCUGUCUUCUACGCAAGGCAACGGCGAGGUGCUGGAAAAGUCUCGAUUGGUUCUUGGCCCGGCACACCGAGAGCUGCAGCAACUUGCGAGCGAAGUCCAUGGCCGACUGCAGCAAAUCCUGGAGCUGUUGUUGCGCCAAAGCGAACUCCUCCAUCUGCAGAGGUUUCGCGGGUGGCUUUCUGGCCGAAAGGUGGACAUCAGUUUCAGAAGAUGGCAGGCCAGACAGGAAAGCGUGAGCCUGGACGCUUCUGUCGUGCAGCAGGUCGCUGGCGACCUGCUCGUCAAUCGGAAAGGCUACAGGCAAGCAGUUGCCACGAACCUCGCUGCCAUCAAGCUUGCAAACGAGUACCUGCAACAGGACGAAGCUAUUGUCCUCAACUGGGCGCUCACGCACGUUUCCAAGGAGCGCACACUGGAUCGAGACUUCAUUCUGAGCGUGGUGAACGCAAACGGCGAGGCCCUUGAGGAGGCACCCCCGGCUCUGCGUGGGGACCGCGAAGUCGUGCUCUGCGCGGUCAAAAGUUCCAAGGGUUGGGCCCUGCAGUUUGCCUCCGAUGCGCUGAAACGAGAUCCCGAAGUUGUGCUUACUGCUGUGCGCAGGAAUGCCUUGUCAUUGGAGUUUGCAGCAGAAUCGCUACGCUCAGAUCGCCAAGUCGUCUUAGCUGCAGUGCAGGUGCAGGGCGAAGCUUUGGAGUUUGCGUCGGCAGACAUGAGGCGAGAUGCUGACGUGGUCGCGGCUGCUAUUCGGAGCAGUCGUGGCUGGGCGUUACAGUUCGCGUCGGAGGAACUUCGGGCCUGCCCAGCCACCGUCCUGGCAGCAGUAAGUGCCAAUGGCUUGGCUUUGGAAUACGCUGACGGUGCACUUCAAGGUGACAAGCCGACGGUUCUGGCGGCUGUGGCAACGAAUCCAUCCGCCCUGCAGUUCGCCUCGAAGCAGCUGCAAGAAGACAGGGAAGUGGUGCUGGCCGCCGUCGCAAAGGAGCUGCAUGCAAGGUGUGUGCGCCAGACGUGCAGCCAACUGCGCCAAUCAAGCGGUCUUCCGGUGCUCGAUGCAGAAAAGAGCAGGAUGGCUGCGCGCUUCAAUUUGCAGCUGGAGCCAUGA